CUUCCAGCAAGUUUUGGCGCCAAGUUCAAAUAAUGAACGCAGAAGCUUGGUGUUUAGCUGCGAAAUUUGUACCAGAGAGCUAUAUAAAACAGUCAGAGAAUGCGUGCAAAACUAGAGAAAACGUUAUCAGACAACUGCUGCAACAUAAAACGUUGCCCGACAUAGGCUGGGAUGACAUAACGAUUGAAACGUUUCUGUUUGAACUAUCUGGGAUGGACAGCAAUAAUUUUCGAGGAAAUUCUGGUACCGGUGAGCGCGAGGCUCGCUUUGCAUCUGAGUUGGUCCGCAGACGGCAUUAUUACUUUGGGCACGGUAUUGGAAGGUCAGGUGAUUUGACAGAGUCUCAACCUAAAGCAGCAGGUUCUUCAUUAAUGUAUAAAUUGACAAAUUGUUUGUUUCACGAUUUAAUAAAAUUUAUGGGUAUCAGUGCAAGGUGUGAGUGCUUAGUGGUACCUGUAGCAACCGGUAUGGCUUUGGUGCUAAGCAUGUUAAGCAUACGUGGUGUCUUACCCAAUGCUAAAUACGUGAUUUGGUCCAGAAUUGACCAAAAAAGCUGCUUUAAGAGCAUUUUGUCAGCCGGGUUUAUACCAAUUGUAAUUGACACCAUUAAAGUUGGAGAUCAACUUCAAACAAACCUUAACUUGCUAGAAGAAAAAAUCAAGGAACUCCCAAGAGAUAGUGUGUUAUGUGUCAUGUCCACUACCGCUUGCUUUGCACCUAGAGCAUGCGAUGACAUAGAGGGAAUUGCACUUCUGUGCAAUAAGUAUGAUAUACCUCAUCUAAUAAACAAUGCCUAUGGAUUACAAAGUAAAGUUAUUAUGAAGCGAAUCCAGAAAGCACAAAAUAAAGGUCGCGUAGAUGCAUUUGUACAAAGUACCGAUAAGAAUAUAAUGGUUCCUGUAGGUGGAGCAGUGAUCGCUGCUUUCAAUGUAGGUCUCCUUGAGCAGAUUUCCAAAACAUAUCCAGGUAGAGCUUCAUCUUCACCAGUUAUGGACAGCUUUAUAACACUGCUUCAUUUGGGUAAAAAUGGUUACAGAGAUUUAAUUAUGAAGCGGGAUGAGUUGUAUACAUAUCUAAAACAAGAACUCUUGGCGGUUUCAGAAAAAUUCGGUGAGACACUACUCAAUACCCCGGAUAAUCCAAUUUCAUGUGCUAUCACACUUCGUACCAUUGAGCCAGAAGAUUUGACACAGCUUGGUUCCAUGCUUUUCUGGAGAAAUAUUUCUGGCACACGUGUUGUAACAACCUUAGAAACUAAGACUAUCGGAGGUCAUACAUUUAAUGGUUGGGGUGCUCAUUCUGAAGCUACAAAAGUUCCAUACUUAACUGCAGCCGCUUCUAUUGGUGUUCGAAAAGAUGAAAUUGAUACGUUCAUAAAAAAAUUGAACAAGGUAUUUUUAGAAUUACAAAAAAAGAAAUGUUGCAAUAAAGAUUGCACUUAACAA